AUGGAAGAAUGCACACCUCAAGGUAAUUUUACAGAAAUAUCAUGUAAACAUUGUAAAGGGAAUUUGGGUCGUAUAUAUAAAUCAACGCCACGGCGGCUAGAUGAUAUUCGUGAUAUGUUUACGUUUAAUCUUGACAAUAUUAUAUCGUAUCAACUUGGUCCGAAAAAGUCGAGACCUGUUGAAUCUAUUAAUGGUGUUUUUGGAUCAUCUAUUGAUGCUGAAAUACAAAAUGAAAUUAAUAAACUUAAAAGCUUCACCGUUGCUGUUUUUGAGCAAGUAGAGGAACUUCAAAAUCGAAGUACAUCUUUGGAAACUGAGCUACAAAAGGUUAAAAAUUUUAGUCUUGAUCUUCUAGCUAGUGAUGAAUAUUUUUUCGACCGAAACAGUCAUUCAGAUCUUCCUCCUAAGCAAGUCAUGUCCCAGAUUAAGGCGUCAUCGCCAGCCUCUAAUCCACAAGAAUUUGCACAUCAUCUUCGUAAACGCUCGCACGGUAUUGAAUACAAUUUAAAACGUCUCUCAAACAUUGGAUAA